GGUAACGGCGCGGCGGCGGAGGGAGCGCAGCCAGUCGGCGAUCCGCUGAGGCGGGCCAUAAGCCGCAGGGCAAUGUGGCACCGCGCAAAUUUGUAAAUAAUAGCUUUGACCUCAUGGUGUAAGACACAUACCGACAGCCAAAGGAGGCACUUUCCAAAGUGUGUCGGUUACCAGCCCUGUCGGUGGAACAGUGGAACAUGAUCCUGCUGAUGAGCAAGGUGGCCCGACUCAGCUUGGCCGUCACCCAGACGCAGCCCCGCGUCGCGCGCUGUGAACAGCCGGUCCGCUACACCCGGGCCACAGCCGGGCUCGGGACACCCAUGCCUGUUCACAAAUCACGGGCUCAUGACCUCCAGCACUGGCAUGCCUCUGAUUUUGGACCAGAGAGAAACCGUUUGCACUGUCUUCAUGGACCCAGAGAAGCCUUUGCCAAGCUCGAUCAGAUUGGUUCCAUGAUAAAACACGAUGUGAUGUGGAGGGACAGUAUUCCUCCCAGUGAAAGACCAGUGAGUUUGCAGGCUGGGGUGUUCGUCCCCGUCAGUAGGAAACAUAGCAUGAAGAUGUUUGGAAGCUGCAAGGACCCCAACAGGCAGGUUUUAGGGCAGCCCCGCUCAUUCCAUCAAGACCACUCGUCAGUUAAUGGACUUGCUGCAAAGGAAAAUGGCAAAACGAAGGAAGACAAAACGAGCAGUUCCAAACAGCACAAACAAGUGCUGAGUGAAACAGCCCGAGAACGGAAAGUACCCGUCACUCGUAUUGGGAGGCUGGCAAAUUUUGGAGGCCUGGCAGUGGGACUUGGCAUCGGUGCUCUUGCUGAAGUAGCAAAACAGAGUCUUAAGGCAGAGGACAGAACUGGAAGGAAAAAAGCCGUGCUGGACAGCCCCUUCCUGUCGGAGGCCAAUGUGGAGCGGAUCGUGCGGACGCUGUGCAAGGUGCGCGGAGCGGCCCUCAAGCUAGGCCAGAUGCUGAGCAUCCAAGAUGAUGCUUUCAUCAAUCCCCAGCUUGCUAAGAUCUUUGAUCGGGUGCGGCAGAGUGCGGAUUUCAUGCCCAUGAAGCAGAUGAUGAAAACUAUCAACGGCGACUUGGGGCCCGACUGGAAGGACAGGCUCGAGUUCUUUGAGGAGAAGCCCUUCGCUGCCGCCUCCAUUGGUCAGGUGCACCUGGCCAGGAUGAAGGAUGGUCGAGAGGUGGCCAUGAAGAUCCAGUACCCUGGUGUGGCACAGAGUAUCACCAGUGAUGUGGAUAACCUCAUGACCGUACUGAGUAUGAGCAAUGCUUUACCUGAAGGGCUGUUUCCUGAGCACCUGAUUGAGGUCAUGAGCCGGGAAUUGGCACUGGAAUGCGAUUAUGUCAGGGAGGCAGAAUGUGCCAAAACGUUCAAAGAGCUGCUGGAGGGCCACCCGUUCCUCUACGUCCCCGAUGUGGUGGAUGAGCUCUGCGGCCAACACGUCUUCACCACGGUGCUGGUGCCCGGCUUUCCACUGGACAAGGCUGACGACCUCUCCCAGGAGCUUAAGAACGAGAUCUGUGAGAACAUCCUCAUCCUCUGCCUGAGGGAACUGUUUGAAUUCAGGUACAUGCAGACUGAUCCAAACUGGUCCAACUUCUUCUAUGACCCGCAGACGCACAGGGUUGCUCUGUUAGACUUUGGUGCCACCAGAGGUUUUGAUAGGAGUUUCACAGAUGUCUAUAUUGAGAUCAUCAAGGCCGCUGCGGAAAGGAACCGGGACAGAGUGCUUCAAAAGUCGAUAGAAAUGAAGUUUCUCACAGGCUACGAGUCAAAGGCCAUGGAGAACGCCCACGUGGACGCUGUGAUGAUCCUGGGCGAGGCCUUCUCCUCCGACGAGCCCUUCGACUUCGGUGCCCAGAGCACCACAGAGCACAUCCACAGCCUGAUCCCGGUCAUGCUGAGGCAGCGGCUAACCCCGCCCCCCGAGGAGACCUACUCCCUCCACCGCAAGAUGGGCGGCUCCUUCCUCAUCUGCUCGCGGCUCAAAGCCCAGCUACGCUGCAAGGGCAUGUUCCAGGAGGCCUACAGCAAGUACUGGGACGAGCGGCAGCGGGAGCUCAGCCAGUGAUGUCACAUGGCACCGUGAUCCUGAGGAUCUGGGCAUCUCAAGCUAACCGACCCGCUGCUGGAUUCCGCAUCUCACACCUCACUCCCACACAAUGUCCCUCUCCCUAAACGCAGUUUUGAGUCAGGUGGUACAGUAUAAGAUGGCCCGGAGAGGGCUGCGUGUGUAGGUCGCUUUUUAGCUGUCGAGUACAUGCCCACAGCAGGAAAGGAAGGAUCUGAAUCAAUGCGAUGACUCCGUGAUGUAUAAGCCAGUUACGUGUGUGCGGUUUUAAUCAAUUGUGAGUAGUCACAUGACAGCGAUGACGGAAAGUAAUUGGAUGGUCUAAUGGCCAGUGAAUUUCCUCUAGCGAGAUGCCGAGGGAGGCCAUCUCUGAUCGGCUCAAAGCAAACACACGUUCAGGAGACGUAAAUGAAGGUGGUAGCCAUCAACCAGCUGUGAAUUCUCAGAGCAUUCUGGUCAUUUCUGGCUUCCAGACGUUUUGCUUAAAUUGCUAUUUUUUUUUUUUUUUGUACUUUCCAUGUAAACAUGACCUUGUAGAUGCAUAUAUUUUUCAGGUAGAUAUGUUAUAAAGGUUUAUUUUACUUAUAGAUCUCUAAGCAGAGAGAAGUUAAAAUGCAGUUAUUUUUGAAAAGCUUAUUGGGACACUGUCUAUAUGCUGAAAGAUAUAUAGCAAAAACUAAACAGAAAUGUCCUUCGGCAAAGAGCGGAAAAAAUAAAAUUAUAUGAAAAUUUUGUUCUGAUGUUAAAUAAAGUGAGUUGUUACCUUCAACCUCCUAGGUUUCAUCGCCAUGUUUUGUACAUGGUUUAGUUGUGUUUGUGAUAAUUAUGUGCUAAUGCUGAUACCAGACACAAAGGGAAUAAUAUGUAUUUUUUAAAGAAAAAUCUCAGUAACAAAUGAUAUCUUUUAUUAUUUCUGCCAUGUUUCCCUAUACUUUUGCGUGAAAGAGGCACUGUAUUUUAAAAACAGUAAUAAAUGGUUUUGUCACUGGUCUUGGGGGGGGGGGCAAAUCUAGUCUUUGGCUUUAUAAUGUCACAUGCAAUGAUUGUGUAAUUGUCAUUCUCAUCCAUCUUGUGUGAAUUGAUAUAUUUACAUUAAUCAUAAAGCUAUAAAUCUAGCAAUAAUAAAAAUAUUUUAACUUUUCUGCCUCAA